AUGGCAUUUACUAACGAAGAUGAAGCUUAUGAUUAUUAUAAUAAAUACGUAAAAUUGGUAGAGUUUGGUAUAAGAAAGGAAAGGACCAUAUGGAAACAUGGUGGAAGAAUUAGUCGGAUUUUAGAAUACUGUAGGCAAGGUUUUCGUAGUGAGAUGUAUGAUGGUAGUGAAAAUGCUCGCCCCCACACAAAAUAUGGAUGUCAAGCAAAGAUCUGCAUUAAGAAGAAUGAAAAUAAUAGAUGGGUUAUUGCGAAGGUUGUAAAAGAGCAUAAUCACAUUCUCACAACACCCAAUAUUACUAGAUUCAUUCGCUCUCACCGAAAGAUACCAAACACAGUGAAAAGGGUGAUUGACACAAUGGAGUCUUCUAUGGCUAAGUCUAGGGUUAUGAUGAAUUACCUUGUUGAAGAGGUUGGUAGGGCAGAAAAUGUCACUUUAAUUGCGAAAGACCUUGAGAAUCACAUAACUAGAAAAAAAAAACAACUGAAAGGGAAAGAGGGUAAUGUUGUUAUGAAUUGGUUGCAUACGAAGAAUGAAUUGGACCCUAAUUUCUUUUAUAGAGUUCGACUUGAUGAGAUGGGGAGGUCGUUUGGUGUUUUAUCGGUUGAUUCAAAGUGUAGAUCGUCAUACCAAUUUUUUAAUGACGUGGUAACCUUUGACACCAUAUACCAAACAAAUGAAUACAGUAUGGCCUUUGGCCCAAUCCUUGGAGUUAAUCAUCACGCUAACACAAUUUUCCUCGUAUGUGAUCUCAUAUUCAAUGAGACUACAGAAACCUUCAUUUGGUUAUUUGAAAACUGA